CCUCCCGACCAGGAAGUGCUGCUCAGUUUUGUUUUGACAAUGAUGGAGGAGGAAGAAUUGGAAUUUGCUGAGGAUUUGGAGGCGAUUUUGCACCUUACCCCGGAGGUGCAGCUCGCCAUUGAACAGGUUUUCCCCAGCCAGGACCCCCUGGACAGAGCAGAUUUCAAUGCAGUGGAGUAUAUCAACACCCUGUUCCCCACCGAGCAGUCUUUGGCUAAUAUUGAUGAUGUGGUGAACAAGAUCCGUCUGAAGAUUCGGCGUCUGGAUGACAACAUCAGGACGGUGGUGAGAGGCCAGACCAAUGUCGGCCAGGAUGGCAGACAGGCACUGGAGGAGGCCCAGAUAGCCAUCCAGCAGCUCUUUGGCAAAAUCAAAGACAUCAAGGACAAGGCUGAGAAGUCUGAACAAAUGGUCAAGGAGAUUACGAGGGACAUAAAGCAGCUGGACCAUGCCAAGCGCCACCUCACUACGUCCAUCACUACCCUCAACCACCUGCACAUGCUGGCAGGGGGUGUCGACUCUUUAGAGGCCAUGACCAGAAAGAGGCAGUACGGUGAAGUGGCCAACCUGCUGCAGGGAGUGGUCAAUGUGCUUGAGCAUUUUCACAAGUACAUGGGCAUACCCCAGAUCAGGCAGCUGUCAGAGAGAGUGAAAGCAGCACAGAGCGAGUUGGGGACUCAGAUCCUGGCAGAUUUUGAGGAAGCAUUCCCCUCUCAGGGCUCCAAGAGACCUGGCGGUCCCAGCAAUGUGUUGAGAGAUGCCUGUCUGGUGGCCAAUGUGCUAGACCCACGCAUCAAACAGGAAAUCAUCAAAAAGUUCAUCAGACAGCACCUCUCAGAGUAUCUGGUGCUCUUCCAGGAAAACCAGGAUGUUGCAUGGCUAGAUAAGAUCGACCGCCGCUAUGCCUGGAUCAAGCGGCAGCUGGUGGACUAUGAGGAGAAAUAUGGACGCAUGUUUCCUGAAGAGUGGUGCAUGACAGAGCGCAUUGCCGUGGAGUUCUGCCACAUCACCAGGGUCGAGCUGGCCAAAGUGAUGCGAACACGGGCUAAGGAGAUUGAGGUUAAGCUGCUUCUGUUUGCCAUUCAGAGGACCACAAACUUCGAGGGUCUGCUGGCCAAGCGCUUCACAGGAUGCACCUUGACUGAUGGACCUGGAAAGAAGCCUGAGAGUCCUCUGGACUCCACUAACCCGUUCCUGGAGGAUGAGCCAGGCGAGGAUGUGGGUACUGAGAAGGAAGAGGAUCUGGACAGGCCCAGGAAGCCCAAAGCACCGGACAACCCUUUCCACGGCAUCGUGUCCAAGUGUUUUGAACCUCAUCUUUACGUCUACAUAGAAUCCCAGGAUAAGAACCUGGGGGAACUGAUUGACCGGUUUGUGGCUGACUUUCGAGCACAGGGCCCCCCCAAAGCGGGCACAGAGGAGGGUGGAGCAGUUCUGCCGAGCUGUGCUGACCUCUUUGUGUAUUACAAGAAGUGCAUGGUGCAGUGUUCCCAACUGAGCACUGGCGAGCCCAUGAUUGCCCUCACAACAAUCUUCCAGAAAUACCUGAGAGAGUACGCCUGGAAGAUCCUCUCUGGCAACCUGCCCAAGACCAACAGCAACAGCGGGGGUCUGACCAUCAGCAGUCUGCUGAAGGAGAAGGAAGGCUCAGAGGCAGCCAAGUUCACCGUGGAUGAGCUCUGCCUCAUCUGUAGCAUCCUCAGCACUGCUGAGUACUGCCUGGCGACCACACAGCAGCUUGAAGAGAAGCUCAAGGAGAAGGUGGAUAAGGUUUUGGUGGAGAGAAUUAAUCUGACUGGGGAGAUGGAUACAUUCAGCACUGUGAUCUCCAACAGUAUCCAGCUACUUGUUCAAGAUCUUGACGCUGCCUGUGACCCUGCUCUCACUGCUAUGAGCAAGAUGCCAUGGCAGAGUGUGGAGCACGUGGGUGACCAGAGUCCAUAUGUGACAUCCGUCAUCAUGCACAUUAAGCAGAACGUGCCCAUCAUCAGAGACAACCUGGCUUCCACACGCAAAUACUUUACUCAAUUCUGCAUCAAGUUCACAAACUCUUUCAUCCCUAAAUUCAUCAACCACUUAUUUAGAUGUAAGCCAAUCAGCAUGGUGGGUGCUGAACAGCUCCUGCUGGACACCCACUCCCUGAAGACAGUCCUGCUGGACUUACCCUCCAUAGGCUCCCAAGUGCUCCGCAAGGCCCCUGCCAGCUAUACCAAGAUCGUGGUGAAAGGCAUGACGCGUGCAGAGAUGAUCCUUAAGGUGGUGAUGGCCCCACAUGAACCGCCAGUGGUGUUUGUUGAUAACUACAUCAAGCUCCUGGCCGACGGCAACCCUGAGACCUUCCAGAAGAUUCUGGACAUGAAGGGUCUGAAGCGCAGCGAACAGAGCAGCAUGCUGGAGCUCUUCAGACAGAGGCUGCCUACUCCUCCCUCUGGGGCCGACGGUGGCCCCUCUCUCUCCUUCAGCGCCCCCACCCCGGAGCAGGAGUCGUCCCGCAUCCGCAAACUGGAGAAACUCAUCAAGAAAAGACUGUGAACAGACACACACUGAAUACAAACCUCAAAUCUCAAAAACAGCUGCAGGCUAGAAUGGUUCUUACCUGUCUCGCCGUCAUUUAUUCAUUACAAAGACUUGAUCAAGCUCCAUUCAGUUAUUGUGGAGAGUUACAGAAAGAGAAACUUUUUUUUUCUGAGUAAUAUUACCAUGAACCCAAGGUGAAGCUGGAUCAUGAAGAAACUUCCGCAGCUGUUACAUGCUGUUGGUGCAUGUAUCAUUUACUUCUGUAAUUUUCCACCUUUCACCUCUUGACACUAAAUCUGAGCUUUGAAACAUUGUAGAAUCUGCUGUACGUCACACACUCCAUACAUUAUUACACAUUUUAUUAUCUCCACUCAAAAGACUGAAUGUGUAGCUGUUAAAUAAAAACUGGUCAGAGAGCCACUAGCUGCAACUCUGGCACAUAUCCACUCCAGAGUGAUUACAGACAGGCUGACUUUAAUUAAAGUGAAUGUUCUCUGAAUAUCCCCAUGUAUCUCUAUGAUAGCCAGGGUCUGUCUCAGCUAUUUUUAUUUCAAGUGAAGGGUACUGGUGUGCAGUUUGUGUGCAUCUCUGUGAUCCAUUAAAGUGGAGGUACAUCAUAGGGGUCGGCAGUGUUUGUGUGAAUGCUGUCCCACAAUGCAACACGAACUGCAGGUUCAGAGUUCCCAAGUCUGGAACAAAGAGGAGCUUUGGCUUUCGUGCAUCCUCAGUGAGACAUGAGGCUUUCUCUUGGCUUUUGAAACUCCCCCUAGGUUGACUUGGAAAUUAGAACCAGCUAGCUCAAGUCUUUUAACUUGGGCCUUUGCCGAGGAGGGAGGAAGGGAAUGAGUGAGCGUACGUGUGUGUACGUAGGUGCAUGUGUGUUAGUGUGAUUUACUCUUUAAUUUCCUCUUCAUCAUUUGUUCUAAUGUAUCUUGUAAGCUGGAAUGAACACAAGGGAUUUUUUUUUAGUGCAAGAGAGACACAGACACACACAUUGUCCAUCUAUCUAUCCAUCCAACAGCACAUUUUGUGUGCUUUCUGAAUUCCCUCUUAGAGCCCCUUGAGAUGUUCUCUGUAAUUUGUGACAAAAAUUUGAUUUGAUCAUGAGGAAAAAGUGAUCUGACAGUACAGAAAAAGCAGGAUGGGCUAAUGUAUCUUCUGGCUUGUCUUGACACUUUGCCAGGCUCUUCCUGUGCCAGUCGAAAGCAGCUCCCACAUCACCUCGGCAGUGCUUCUCAGGAGGGACCAGAGAUAAUGAAAACAGUUCAUUUUGAGGUCUAAUCCGUGGUCUGAGGGAUUGGCUGAAAACUGAUUGUGAUGCUUGCAGUGCCUUUCCAUUUGGCAAGUCCCUGCACAUCAGAUCUGCAGCUUUAUGUUGUAAUUGCAUUCGGUGUACACAUUCCUGCCUUGUGUUAAUACAAAAUGUUACUUAUUUGUAAUGUCUGAAUUGUAUAGGCUACUAACAAAAGGCAAUGGUUGAACACUAUUAAAAGUUUGCCUUAAGUUA